AUGAAUUUGGAAAGCGAGCCAAGAGCACUGUUGUCAAAUUUUAUACCAAUCAGUGAUACGUUUAUCGUUUCGAUGCGUGAGGAUGCACCUGAAGUUGUGCUGAUAACUGCCCCUGGCCUUACUAUUUGGCGAAUCAACUGUCUUACCGAGCAGCCUUCCAGCCCAAUCGAAUCCUUUUCAGUCGCAGGGGCAGACCUCAACCAUUAUUAUGAUGCUUAUCUAAGCCAAGGGAAAAUAUAUUUUCUUUCCCAGUCACCUGAUGGACAUUUCGAUCAUUCUCGAAUUCACGUUCUUGAAAUCACAGGGCAACAUCAGUUACAUACUGUGAUGUGCAGCCCUGAUCCUGUGCGUGGUGUACCAUGUGCUCGUAAGCAGGCUGCUAUUGAUUCAGUGGCAGGAUACAUUUUACUUGCUGGUGGCGAAAUCAGUUAUAACGGCUCGGUAUCUCGUUUCGUUGACUAUUGGUUUCUUGAUCUUUCAACUUUCAUAUGGCAACAGAUUCCUGCAGAAAUGCCAAUCCCUUUGAUUGAACCACGCCUUACAGCUACGAAUUCAGGAAUUAUUUAUUUGUGGGGUGAUUUCGAUCAGCCAAUGCCAGGUAUGCCAACUGGAACACACCUGCGUAUUCUGAAAAUAACUGGAUUUGAAAGCAUCAAACCGCCUUCUUAUGAUGAAGCAUCCAAAAAACCUACUUCACCUCCGUUCAUACCACAAGGGCCAUAUCCAGCGGGCACUGCAGACGGAUCAUUCUCAUCAUAUCCAAGUCUCGGUUUUGUUCCGGGUGGUAACACACAGAACAUGACGCCUUAUCCACAAAAUAAUCCUCCCCAUCCACAGAAUAAUUUCUCUUAUCCACAAAGUCAACCCUUUUGUUCACCGGGACAGACAGCGUGUCCUCAAGAGCAACAGGGUUAUACGGAGUUGUCCUCUUACCCUCAGAGUGACAACCGUCAGAGCCCUUAUCAGGGUGGUACGCCGCAGCAAUCGUAUGGUGGUACGCCAGGGUCGUUUACUGGCCAACAUGCUUAUUAUCCACCACAGGAGAAGCAGAACUGCUGUCUUCAGUGACUGAUUUCUUCAAUCUAUAUUUCCUUAUUAACCACCACCCCAAGUAUUUUACUUAUACUGUAGAAAAUAUGGUUCGGUAUCUGGUGUUUUAUCCUUAUUGGUUUCAAUAAAUUUUCUGAUGUAGGUUCUUGAACUUUUCAAUAUGUUUUUAGCUCCACGAGAGAUCCCGUUCUUAUACUUUAGCAUAAAUUUACACCUUUCUUUUUUUUUUUCCCCUGUGCUGCAUUAUGUGAUAAUCAUAUACGUUGUUCUUAAAGUUCGGAAGUUAUAAGUUUCUAGCUUCUGUACCUUUUUUCACACUAUGUUUCUUGCAGUUUUUAGUCUAGCACAAACUUUUGCAUUGAAAAUAAUGAUUUGUUCAAUUAAUUGAAAAUCUGCCUAUCCACUGUUAUGUUUAUCCACUCCCAAAGGUUUAUCAAGAAUCAAGAAAAA